AUGGGUAUUUGGGAUCCAAGUCUCUGGCUACCAAAAGAGGUCACAUGGGAGACUUUGGAAAGUACAGAAACUGUCCUUUAUCCAGCAUCAAGAGAUGUCUACAUUGCAAUGGGUAUUGGAGUGAUUCUUGUGUGUUUCCGCAUCCUGCUCGAAUCCUAUGUUUUCGUUCCAAUUGGCUGGUAUUUCGGGUGGAUCAAGCAACCCCUUCAAGAGAGAAUACAAACACAUUUGCGUGGUGGCUUCAUGGGUAAAUCACGUUUGAAACGGGUCUCUGAGUGUGGAUGGAGAUUUUUUAUGUUCAUCUCAAUGUUCACUGCGGGAUAUUUUGUUCUUCGAGAUCAACCACAAUUCUACGACGUGACCGAGUGUUGGAAGAAUUGGCCAUCUCAUCAUUUACCCACCAAAGUCUAUUGGUAUUACACGAUUGAAACGGCAUUUUACUGGUCUCUACUUUUUGGGCAUCUUUUCUUCGAUGUGAGACGACACGAUUUCCUUCAAAUGCUCAUUCAUCACACUGUCACUCUUGGCCUUCUUUAUAUUAGUUGGACAAUGAAUAUGGUUCGUGUGGGAACAUUGAUUCUCUUCAGUCAUGAUGCUGCUGAUAUCUUCUUGGAAUUGGGAAAACUUUUCCGAUAUGCAAAUUGGCAAUCAUUAUUGACGGCGGAUUUCAUCGUUCUUCUUAUUGUUUGGUUGGCAACUCGUCUCUACUACUAUCCAUUUUGGAUUAUCCGGAGCAUUGUUUUUGAUGCUCCUCAAUUAAUCCAGUCAGAUUACUCGUGGGCCAACCUCACUCAAAAACCGAUCGUUCCUCGUGUUUUGAUGGUGAUGCUAUGUACACUACUCGUACUUCACUGUUUCUGGACAUAUAUUCUCUUCAGAAUUGGCUACCAAGCAGCGACAACGCCAGUAGGUGUCGAUGAUAUUCGAGAAGAAUCAGAAACUGAUUCUGAAGAUGAGGGACCAGCUAAGAAAAAAGAAAAC